GUUUGUGUAUUGUCAUUCUUCUUGUGAAUCAGUCGUGAAUCAAUCAACAGCUCGAUGCCGACCAAAUCCAAAACUAGUGGAUACUCGAGCGAAAAAAAUUGCUAUAUAUUAAACAUGAAUAAGGAGAUGGCGAUGGAAAAAAUUCCAUCUGUGAUAAAUAUGAACGGCGACCACCUCAACACGUCCUCAACAUUGAAACUAGCUGACAACGAUGUCAUUCAGAAAAAAGAUCUUAGCAUGAAUAAGUCAGAGACAGAUCUUUAUGAUCCUUUCAACAACAGAGACAAAACCAAUGCAACCUCUGAUUCGGGCGCGUUGCUGCAUCUUUUGAAAAGCAGCCUUGGGUCUGGAAUUCUCGCGAUGCCUGGCGCUUUCAAGCACGGAGGGCUCCUCUUCAGCGUAGUCGGGACUUUCGUCGUCGGCUUCAUUUGUACACACUGCGUUCAUUUGUUGGUAUAUUGUUCACAACUUUUGUCUACAAGAGUCAAAAGGCCGUCACUGGGGUUUGCCGAAACAGCAGAAGUCGCAUUUCAAACCGGACCAGAAAGGAUGAGGAAAUAUUCAAAAAUUGCCAAGGAGUUUGUCCGAGCAUCAUUAUUUGCAACAUACUAUUUUGGGAAUACAGUAUAUGUUGUUUUUAUAGCUGCUUCCUUCCAACAGGUUAUAGAAAAUCAUUUAGGAUGCACGGUAAACAUAAGACUUUACAUUCUUGUGCUCGCACUGCCUCUGAUUCCUCUUGGUAUCAUAAGGUCGUUGAAAUAUCUGGUUCCGUUUUCUGCAAUGGCGACCGCUUUUGUCAUGUUUGGCCUCUCCAUAACAUUGUACUACACAUUUGAUAAAAUACCAAGUUUGGACUCUGUUCAUUAUGUGACUAAAGCAGAACACUGGCCUCUGUUUUUCGCAACUGUUCUCUUUGCCAUGGAAGGAAUUGGCACUGUCUUGCCAAUAGAAAACUCCAUGCAUAACCCUCAUCACUUCCUCGGCUGUCCUGGGGUCUUAAACAUUGCUAUGUCAGUGGUUGUUGUGCUCUAUGCAACUGUUGGCUUCUUUGGCUAUCUCCGCUUUGGUGAAGCAACUGACGGAAGUGUGACAUUAAAUCUUCCAACCACGUUAUUGGCUGAAUCUGUCAAGAUCCUGGUCGCUCUCUCAAUUCUCUUCACCUACGGCCUUCAGUUUUCUGUACCAUCUGAAAUCGCAUGGAACAUCAUUGGACCACACAUCAAAGAAAAAUAUCACACUUUGGGCUAUUAUUUCAUGCGUGGAACAAUGAUCAUGGGAACAGUUCUUAUUGCCAUCAUCGUUCCCAAUUUGAGUCCAUUCAUCUCGCUAGUUGGUGCUGUUUGCUUCUCAAUUCUUGGCUUGUUUUGCCCCGCAUUUAUCGAAUUGAUAGCACUUUACGACGAAGGCUACGGCAGGUACAACUGGAAAAAAUGGAAAGACAUUUUCAUCAUUGUGCUCGCUGCAGUCGCCCUCGUCUCUGGCGCUUAUGGAAGCAUACUCGAGAUCAUCGACAGCUAUGAGAAUCCAAAACAGGGAAAUUUAACAGUCUCUUGUUUGAUUUCACCGAGCUUUUUAGCAAAUUAUGAAGGAGACAUCUUGGACCAGCUACGUUGGCGUCGGGUUCCUCGCUAUGUCACGUUGUUUGAACCAAGUGGUAGCCUCGGCCAAACCCGACAGGGAAAUAAAAAGGCCAUGGAGAAAACGACAAACGGCAGGGACAUAAAAAAUGUCGAAAAUUCGUUCACGGUGAUUUGUUAUGACCUGCCAAAAGAAAAUGUUGCGGAAACGGCCGAAAAUGACAAGCGUAAUAUUUCUGAUUUUGUCAGUCUUUUACACGUCCUGAAAAGCAGUUUGGGAACUGGAAUUCUCGCGAUACCGAACGGCUUCAAGAACGGAGGUAUUGUGCUUGGCCUCUUCGGCACGGCCAUCAUCGGAUUUUUAUGCGCUCACUGCACUUGUUUGAUGGUGCGAACCUCGCAAGAAAUGUGCAAACGACUUGGUAAACCGUUUCUCAGCUAUUCGGAGACGAUCGAGGCCGUCUUUGAAAACUGCGCUAACAAACAGUACAGGAGAUUGACCAAAAUUGCUAAGAUAUCGGUUGAUGUUUUUAUAUUUUUCACGUAUUACGGAACUAACAGUGCAUAUAUAAUCCUAGUUGCUCAAUCGUACAAGGAGAUUAUCGAGAACCACUUUGAUCUGAACCUGGACAUAAGGAUAUACAUAAUAAUUAUCGGGAUCCCGAUAUAUUUCGUCGGCAUUGUCAAGAGCAUGAAAUACCUGGCCCCGUUUUCCUUCAUCGCCAAUAUUCUGCUGACAGUCGGAUUGGCCCUGAUAUUCCAUUUCCUCGUCACAGAUAUGCCACCUUUGGACAGCCGGCCCUACAUCGCGCCGAUCAGCAGGAUACCCGUCUUCGUCUGCACAGUGCUCUUCGGAUUGGAAGGGAUAGGAACGAUGCUGCCCAUAGAAAAUUCAAUGAGGAAUCCGAAACACUUUGUGGGAUGCCCGGGUGUCCUGACGAUUGCCAUGACCAUCGUCGUUGUGCUUUACGUGACCGUCGGGUUCUUCGGGUACUUGAAGUUCGGAGAGGAGACCACCGGCAGCAUUACCCUCAAUCUUCCUGGCGAAGGGUUGUCAGAAUGGGUUAAGGCACUAGUAGCGAUAGCUGUAUUUUUUACUUACGGGCUGCAACUGACAGCUUCAGUCAGCAUAGUCUGGAGAAGGCUGGAAGGGAAAUUUUCGACCGAAAAGAAAACAACGGCCUAUUUUAUCGUAAGAUCUGCAAUGAUCGUGGGGACAGUUUUGGUCGCUGUCGCCAUACCGAACCUCGGCCCUGUUAUCUCCCUGAUCGGCGCCUUUGGCCUUUCCAUGUGCGGCGUGUUUUUUCCGGCUGUUAUUGACAUCCUCCUCCUCUGGGAUACCGGCUACGGCUUCCUGAGAUGGAAACUCUUUAAGGACGCUCUUUUGGUCCUGUUGGCGGUUUUCGCCCUAUUGGCCGGCACGGUGACCUCUCUCCACGAUAUCGCGAGGACAUACGCAUGAUCGAGGCUCAUAGUUAAAAUCGCAGUUCAAAACCAAAGUUACUUUAUGACAAAUCUAUCCUAUAUCGAUAAAAAAUAUGUAUAUGUUAAUUAACAUAUCAAACAAGAUGAUCCGAUUAGUUGAUGUGUUCAUCAAGAAGUUUGUGUAUGUUGUCGCUGCAUCUUUCCGAUGUUCUUUUUAAUAUUCAUUAAAAAGAUAAGAUCAAUAUUGAAGUUUGAACUGAACUUUUAUUACUCAAGGUGACUAAUAAAAGCACAGUUCAAAUGCAUAUUAAACAAACAUUAACCAACGAACAAACUGCGGUUAACUAGUAGGCUAGAACCAGUUCGUCAAAAAACCACAAUCUCCAGUAUAACCUGAGUCAGCCUCCAGCAUCAAUUAACCCACUUCGUUGAAAUACAAUUAAGUAACCAUAAUAAGAGUAGGUCGAUCAGGAAUGCACUGUACAUUAUUUUUUUGAUAUUCGGGAAG